CGCAGGCGCCGCCGAGCCCUGCCUGGAUGCUCAGUCAAAGCACUAAGGCCAAAAAAAAUAAAAAAUAAAAAAUAAUCAGCAAUUUAUAGAAAGAAGAAGCUAUAGUCUGUCGGGAUGCCCAACACCAACAGGUAGGAGGCCAUCCUCUCGGUUAAGUUUGCGGGGAGGAGGGCUCACAGUGUCGAUGAAACUGCAGGUUCGCCAGGAAAGCGCUCCCCCUCCCCCCCCAGGUGGGUUUUUUUUUUGUUUUGUUUUGUUGUGUGUGUGUUUUUUUUUACAAUAAACUACAUAAUGGAAGUACAUUCAGACAAUGCAUCUUCAGUCGGGCUUAUUCAAAGCUCCAUUUUUGGAAAGCGUUGCAAGACUGAGGACUAUCAGCCUGCGAGCCGCCGGAAACAGUUCCCUUGCAGCACAGAAACAAUCUUCUCGCACCAUCUUCGCAUAUUCUGAUGGCAAAUCAAAUGGAAGAAAAGAGGAAGCAUGACAGCAGAUUGGAUCGAUUCUCUUUGUGGAUUACAUUUGCAGUAAAAUGUAUGGGUCUGUCUUUUCCUUGUUCUAUCUAGAUCAUGAGACUUGACUAAGGCUGUAUCUUUAUCCUCCAUCCAUCUAUGGCGAACUAUAGCCAUGCAGCUGACAACAUUUUGCAAAAUCUCUCCCCUCUAACAGCCUUUCUGAAACUGACUUCCUUGGGUUUCAUAAUAGGAGUCAGUGUGGUGGGCAACCUUCUGAUUUCCAUUUUGCUGGUGAAAGAUAAGACCUUGCAUAGAGCACCUUACUACUUCCUGUUGGACCUUGGCUGUUCUGAUGUCCUCAGAUCUGCAAUUUGUUUUCCAUUUGUAUUCAACUCUGUCAAAAAUGGCUCUACCUGGACGUAUGGGACUCUGACUUGUAAAGUGAUUGCCUUUCUGGGGGUUCUGUCCUGUUUCCACACUGCUUUCAUGCUCUUCUGCAUCAGUGUCACCAGAUACUUAGCUAUCGCCCAUCAUCGCUUUUAUACAAAGAGGCUGACUUUUUGGACGUGCCUGGCUGUGAUCUGCAUGGUGUGGACUCUGUCGGUGGCCAUGGCGUUUCCCCCAGUUUUAGAUGUGGGCACUUACUCAUUCAUUAGGGAGGAAGAUCAAUGCACCUUCCAACACCGCUCCUUCAGGGCCAACGAUUCCUUAGGAUUUAUGCUGCUCCUUGCUCUCAUCCUCCUAGCCACACAGCUUGUCUACCUCAAGCUGAUAUUUUUUGUCCACGAUCGAAGGAAAAUGAAGCCAGUUCAGUUUGUAGCAGCGGUCAGCCAGAACUGGACUUUUCACGGCCCCGGAGCCAGCGGCCAGGCAGCUGCCAAUUGGCUGUCGGGAUUUGGAAGGGGCCCCACACCACCUACCUUGCUGGGCAUCAGGCAAAAUGCAAACCCCACGAGCAGAAGAAGGCUAUUGGUCUUAGAUGAAUUCAAAAUGGAAAAAAGGAUCAGCAGAAUGUUCUACAUAAUGACUUUUCUCUUCCUAACCUUGUGGGGCCCCUACCUGGUAGCCUGCUAUUGGAGAGUUUUUGCAAGAGGGCCGGUAGUACCGGGAGGAUUUCUAACAGCUGCUGUCUGGAUGAGUUUUGCCCAAGCAGGAAUCAAUCCUUUUGUCUGCAUUUUCUCCAACAGGGAGCUGAGACGCUGUUUCAGCACAACCCUUCUUUACUGCAGAAAAUCCAGGUUACCAAGGGAACCUUACUGUGUUAUAUGAAGGAGCAUCUGUAAAUCUUUAGCCUUCUGAAACACUGACCUUCUCUCUUAAGCAACUGUGGCCUGUAGCCAUAUCUUGAGAAGAAAAUCAAGAAUGGGAUUAGUGGUUAUAGGGAUUUGGGGGACUUUCUGCAGUCUUUGCAAUUGUUCACCGAUAAUCCUAUUUUAAAUCUCAGAGUGGUCCUGCUGACUGCCCAUGGAGGUUUGAUAUUGAGAAAGGACUGAACCACUGCCCUAAGUUUCUUUAUGUGGUUGAAAACUAGGUAAUGAAAUUAGCAGGUGCUAAGUAUCAGUGCUAAAUGCUGUGUAUAUCACUACUUAUGAAAAAACAUUUCAAAAAAAAACUAGCAUUGGACAUCUUAAUAAGUUAAGUUGACUUGAGGUAAAUAUGUUGAUAAAAACUAAUUUUAGAAGUUUGAAGAGUUUAAAACAUUUCAUACUAUUAUUGUUUUGCAAAUACUAAAAUACUUGGGGACUUAAAGUACCAUCAUCCACUAAAGAUAUGCCAUGAAUUAUUGAAUUGUGACAUUUAAAAAAAUCAUCUUGUAAGUUUGGAGGUGCAUUCCAAAGCAGUAUAUUGGUUCCAAUUAGAGUUUACUUUUUUAAAAAAAAAAUGUGUUUAUUGAUUUUUAGAGAGAAAGGAAAAGGGAGGGAUAGA